AUGCCGCGUCCGCGUCGGCCGCCCGGUGCCGGCUCGACGCUCACCACGCUCGCCUUUCUCAUUAUUACCCUUGUGGCAGCUCAGCAGCAGCACCCACUCGACCACCAUGUCCGCAACACGUCUCCCCACGCCGAGGUGCACGUGGAGCCUGCACACAUGAUCCCACCCCACCACGGACAGCCCAGCCUCAAAGACACUGUAGGGGACGCCCACAGACGUCAUCUCUACACGCCCUUGAACGACCAGAAUGUGCGCGCCGUAGCUACCAAAGUUCCUUCUGCUCCAGCCAUUAGUGCUGUCAGAGCCCAUCCUGCCAGAUACGCUGCCUCGGGAGGCCUCAUCCCCAGUGCGCGUUCUCUGCAGGAUUGGGAAGUUGAGGACUUUGUUCUUUUGGCGACCGUCGAUGGCCACAUACACGCACGCGACCGAUAUAACGGAGAAGAGAUCUGGGAGCUGAGCGGACGGCCCAUGUUGGAGACCAUCUACAACGUCUCCGAGGACAAGAUCGGCCCCCAGCAUCAGCCCUUUGUAUGGAUUGUCGAGCCUAGGGAGGACGGAGCUCUCUAUCUCCUCACCCCAGGCCCACACCCGCAACUCCAGCACCUGGGUGUCACGGUCAAGCAGUUAGCGGAAAGUGCCCCCUACUCCAGCGACGACCCGGAACUCCCGGUUGUCUACAAUGUGGAAAAGAAGACAUUCAUGCUUCUCGUCGAUGCUGCCUCGGGCAUUGUCAAGCAGAGCUUCACUCCGGGCGGCAACUUCCCCUACGACGACAGUUGCGCCCCCGACUCGAAGAACUUCUUCAGCACCCGGGAACGCGAUUGUCGUGGUAUCAUCGACAUCGGACAGACCCAGUACACCAUCACCAUCCAUAACAAGAAGACGAACGAGCACAUCUGCACGCUGAAGUAUGCAGAGUGGAACCCAAACAGCCGAGACAAGGAUCUGCAGUCCCAGUAUGACCAGACUCUUGAUAAGCAGUACAUCUAUACCAUGUACAACGGCGAAGUCAUCGCCUUCGACUACAAGCGACCGAGAUCGCACCAGCGUCCUCUCUACAGACAACGCCUGCCCUACCCAGUAGCACGUGUCUUCGACGUCGCUCGACCUCUGAACGACCAAUCAAAUGAGCCACCGCUCGUUUUACUCCCACAACCAGCCGGCCCCAUCUUCUCGGAAGACAAAGCCAACCACGUCCUGCUCAACACGACCGAAUCGGGGGCUUGGUACGCUCUAUCAGAAGUCAAUUACCCGGCAGUGACCGACGGUGCACCAGAUGCAACUUGUUACAAGCAGAACCAAGUAUCAUACGAGUGGGACUCGGCCUACGUAUUGCCGGAUAGGAGCAGUCUCAUCGGUGUUCACAGGCUGGACUAUAGGAUCCCUAGUCAGCAGGCACAGUUGCCGGGCAUCGCCGCCACGACGUAUUAUCCAACCUUGAACGACCAGGUCGUGUCUAAUCCGCCUGAGACAUCGCCUCAUGAGCAACACCAACCGCCAACCAUCGACGCACCACCUCAGACACAGACGGUUAAAGCAAUCAUCACACUUUUUGUCUUUGUUCUUGCCGUUGCUGGCGCCUUGGGAGCUACUAUGAAACCAACAGUACGCGAAUCCUGCUUGAGCUAUCUGAAGAGACUUUUGCGUUCAGGCAAGGCUAAGGUGCCACACACUCUAGUGUCAGCCUCUACCGAGCCGGAGGUCAAGCCUGUAGAAGAGGAGACUCUGCCCCUACCGGCCGACGAGGACGUUGUUUCUCAGAAGACAGUUGCAGAAACUGUAGCAAAGGCUGAUAUCGUCACACCUGUUGCAGAGGAAGUCAAGGAGAAGAAAGUGACUUUCGACGUCCCUGAUGACGAUGACGAUGAACUUGCGCCUCUCUCGAGAACUACAACCGUUGAACGUAGCUCUUCUGUUGAAGACGAAACUGCCCUACCUGGCUCUACACUCAACACGGAGGCUCAGCCGAUGACUAGCAGUAUCGAAGACGUCUCGCAAGAUUCAUCCGCCGCGCCCUCGACUCCCAAGAAGAAGAAAGCACACCGGGGUAGACGUGGCGGGCGCAAACUCAGCAAGAACCAGCAAAAAGAGGAAGACGAGGUCAACCGUAUUGUAGAUGCAGCUAAGCAACUUGAGGUUGGGCCUCGCUUGCAACCCGAUGAGCUUACUGUGAGCGGUGGCGACGUACAGAACAUAUCCGAGAUCAAGCGAAUUGGCAAGUUGACGAUAGAUCAAGAUCGUCUUCUUGGAAACGGAAGUGGAGGAACGUUUGUCUUUGAGGGUAAAUGGAAGGAAGUCAAGGUGGCUGUCAAGCGCAUGCUACCGCAAUACUUCGGACUCGCGGAGCAAGAGGUGAAGCUUCUACAGAACAGCGACCCCCACCCAAACGUCAUCCGAUACUUCGACGACGAGAGAGAUGAAAACUUUCUCUACAUCGCCGUCGAACUCUGCCAAGCCAGUUUGUUUGACCUCUACAAAGACGGUCGUCCAGGAGAGGAGCUAUCCGAAAGCCACCAGCAGCUGGUGAACAAGAUCAGCGGGAAAGCUGCAUCUUGUUUGUACCAACUUGCCGCCGGACUGAACCAUCUUCAUCAUCUUCGCAUCAUCCACCGCGACAUCAAACCCCAAAACAUACUGAUCGCACAACCCUUGAUCACUUCCAAGGAUGAUGUACGGCUGGUGAUAUCUGAUUUCGGUCUCUGUAAGACGCUGCCCGAUAACGUUAGUACCCUUGUCGGAACGACUGGUAACGCAGGCACCGUUGGUUGGAAAGCGCCUGAGCUUAUCUCGCAACCGAAGGAGUUGGCCAACGGCAGCUCUCAGGGCUUUUCUCGCGAUUCAUCCAGCUCGACAGAUCCAGUCGCGCAAGGCGUCAAGCGAGCCGUCGACAUCUUCUCUCUCGGCUGCGUCUUUUACUAUGUCCUCACCGGCGGUUGUCAUCCCUUUGAUGACGAAGAAGGCUGGAUGCAGAUUCGUGAAUACAACAUCAAGAAGGAGAAGUCCAACCUCGAUCGCCUACUUCUCGGUGCUGAUUCGGUGGAACCCCAUCGUCUUAUCCAUUGGAUGCUGCGACCCAGGCCCGAAGACCGCCCCAACGCCUUGCAAGUCAUGAACCAUCCUUUUUUCUGGGAUGACCAGAAACGCCUUGAUUUCUUGUGCGACUGCUCGGAUCAUUGGGAACGUGAACCUAGAGACCCACCAUCGGAUCACCUUGCAGUGCUGGAAGAAUACUCGGAAGACGUACUGGAUCAUAGACGCAACUUUCUCGCCAAACUUGACCAGGGCUUCAUCAACUCGCUCGGCAAACAACGCAAGUACACGGGCGAUAAGAUGUUAGAUUUGUUGAGGGCGCUCAGGAACAAGAAGAACCACUACGAGGAUAUGGAGGAUGCAAUCAAGGCCAAGGUGGGCCCAUUGCCGAGUGGCUAUCUGAGAUAUUGGACGGUCAAGUUUCCGCAGCUGCUUAUGAGCUGUUACGAUGCGGUGUUGCGGUGUGAUCUGGAGCGUGAGCCGCGGUUCAAGAAGUAUUUUGAGAGCAUGAAGUAG